GGCGCUUCCUCUUGUCCCCGUCUCACACCCUCCCACUGUGGAAAUGUCAUGACUAUUAUUAUUAUUACCUUCUGAUCCAGGCCCAGGGGGAAGAUCACAGCCACAAAACUCCCAAACAAGCAUUCUGCUGAAUUCUGGGUCUGGACACAGCCCCAAAGCCUGAGAGUGACAGCGGUUUGUGGGAGUGAGCGGUGGAGGGGGACAUGGCCGGCAGAGAGCAGGACCAGAGCUUAGCAGAGGAUCUCACUUGCCCCGUUUGCCUUGACCUGUUCAACGAUCCGGUUUCUCUGGUUUGCGGCCACUAUUUCUGCCGCUCGUGUAUCGCAGGCUGUUGGGAGAGGCAGGAGACUCAUUCCUGCCCGGAGUGUCGUCGGGCGUGUCCGGGAAGGGAGCUGAGAGCCAGUCGACCUCUGGCUAAUCUGUCCGAAAGAGCUCGAAAUCUCAGUCUGGAUCCGAAACUGGGAGAAAGGGAACAUUGUUGUGGUGAUCAUCGGGAAGAGCUGAAGCUGUUUGGUGAAACAGACAAGAAAUUGAUCUGUUUGAUGUGUUUCUUUUCUCCCAAGAGACAGAAUCACAAAUCGCACAGCAUUGUGUCAAUAGACAAAGCUGCUGAGAUCUACAAGGAAAAACUGAAAUCAACUUUCAAUUUGGUUCUGAAGAGAAAAGACGCUGUUCUCCGAGCUGAAUUUGAGCAAAAAGAGAAAAUUUCUAAACAGGCGAGCAGUCUGCAGAACAACGUCACGGCUGAGUUUGUUAAAAUGCAUCAAAGCCUCAAAGACACAGAGCAGCGUGUAAUGCGAGAGCUCAGAGAGCGAGAAGAGGAGAUUUUACAGCGAAUGGAGGAAGCUUUUUCAGGAGGAAACUUCUCGGAAGAUCAGAUCUGA